CUUGAAGAGGAGGCCACGAAUCGAGCAUGCGUUCUCGCGUCGCAGGCAAAUUGUCCACUCUAUGUAGAUCAUGUAAUGAGCAGAGGCGCUUCAAAAACCAUCGCUCAUCAUCGUCAACGAGGAAGGAUCGUUUUCGGUGAAACGAUAGCCGCCGCUUUAGCUGUUGAUGGGUCUCAUUACUAUCACGAG